AUUCGCUACUUUGAUCUUUGCCGUUUUAAGUUUCAUCCUUUUCGUCUAAAACCCUACCUUAUGUUUUAGUUUCAUCUUCUUCUUCUUCUUCGUCUAAAACCCUAGCCAUAGAAGUUACACUCCAGGAGUUUCUACUUCGACAAUUGUGUCUCGAUUUCGAUUCCUAUCAUUUUCAGGAGAAUAGUACAGCACAAUAGAAUCAAAGAUGGGGAAGAUAAGUUAUAAGAGAUUAAAAGGGAGCCAAAACCUCCGCCAGAGACUGCUAUUAGCUACUCUCUCCGCCACUCCUGUUCUCAUUGAGGACAUUCGGGCAGAAGACACGCUGCCAGGCCUCCGUCCUUACGAGGUCUCCUUCCUCCGCCUCCUCGAGAGGAUCUCCGAUGACUGUGUUAUUGAAAUCAAUGAAACCGGAACAAAAUUUAAAUACAAGCCUGGGAUUGUGAUGGGUGGGAAACAUCUUGUGCAUGAUUGUGGCCUAAGUCGAUCAAUUGGCUAUUUCCUUGAGCCACUAAUUGUUCUUGGGCUAUUUUCCAAGAAAUCACUUGUGAUAAGGCUCAAAGGAAUUACAAAUGAUUCUAAAGACCCAUGUGUUGACACUUUUCGAUCUACUACCCUACCAACGUUGAAGAGAUUUGGCGUUCCUUCAGAAGGAUUGGAGCUGAAAAUAGAGAGUCGUGGAGUUCCACCUCAUGGAGGUGGAGAAGUACUUUUAUCUGUUCCUCUUGUUGAAAGUCUAACGGCAGUCACCUGGAUUGAUGAGGGAUUGGUUAAGAGGAUUAGAGGGGUCACUUUCUCAGCUAAGGUCUCAUCUCAGUUUGAUACUAAUAUGUUACAUGCUGCUCGUGGAAUCCUUAAUCCUUUGCUUCGUGAUGUUCAUAUAUUCACCGAUCAUAGAGCUAAGGGUCCACAGGCUGGAAAUUCACCUGGUUAUGGAAUUUCAUUGGUUGCCGAAACAACUACUGGUUGCUUCAUAUCUGCUGACACAGCAGUUUAUCAUGCUCGAGGAGAUGAUAUAGCUGAAAUGGAAGAUAAGGACAAAGAGUUGAUGCCCGCAGCGGAUGUUGGUGAGCAAGUUGCUUCUCUUCUUCUCGGAGAGAUUGAGCAAGGUGGAGUUGUAGAUUCCACACACCAGGGUUUAUUAUUUCUUCUUUGUGCAUUAUGUCCGGAAGAUGUGUCACAGAUACGUGUGGGAAAGCUAUCACCAUAUGGGAUAGAAACUCUGAGAAAUAUCAGAUAUUUUCUCGGGGUUAAGUUUGUUAUUAAGCCAGAUCCACCAUCAAAGACAGUGAUACUCAAAUGUUUGGGAUGUGGGUUGAAGAACCUAUCUCGAAAGGUUUCAUAGAGACUAUUAGCAGCCACAUAUAUGAGAUGGUGAUGCGCUUUCCAUCCUUUUUACUUUCUUGCAAAUGGCUUAACGUGGAAGAUUUAUGAAAGUUACAGCUUCAUGCUCAGUCAAUUUGGUUGUCCCAUCGGCUUUAUCACGUGGGAAAAAGCUCUUCCGUUUUUCAUUUAAUGGUAAAUAGAUAAUCCAAUCUUUAGUAGCUAACCUGAGACUGUCUCAAAUAAAUCAACUUUCAAGCUUAUUAUUAUUAUUAUUAUUAUUAUUAUUUUAUGAAUUUAAUUAGAAUUUUCAUGUAGUAAUCGAGUAAUGAAACUUGUGAAUUAUUACAUGGGAAGUACCAUUAAUAAUAAAAUUCUGUAAACCGAAGUCAGAAAACUUGUUCUGAAA